UGCUUUAAGUUUCAGUUUCAUUUCUUUCCUUGAGUCUCUGAAGCCACGGUUCCUUAGAACCUUUUGUCUCAAAACUGUGGCUGCUUGAUGAAUUGGAACAGUUAAUCCUCAAUUUAAGCCUGAUCCAACUCUUAAAAACAGAACAAUGAACAUGACAACAAGAUUGACAUGGAAUGAUGAAAAGCGUCUGCGAAAGCUAUUUGGAAAUGUUUCGUUGAGUCUUCUUUAUAAAUCUAGUGUUCAUGGAUCUGGAGUUACAGAUAUGGUUCAGCAUUGCAGUCAUCAGGGAUCCACUAUAACAAUGAUUUACCUUCAUCACGUUAUUAUUGGGGUCUUUAUGCUUGGGAAUUAUCCUAGAUUAUGGGAACGUUUUGAAGAACCACAUUAUUCCUUUUUUUUUCCAUUUAGAAGUAAAGAUAACAUAACUGAAAUGCACACUUUUCCUUUAAAUAUGGCACCACAAGCUACUGAUAAUCAACUGACGUAUUAUUUAUCUGCUGAGAAGGUUUUCUGUCUGUGUCCACACAAUAAGACACUUUAUCUACAUGAAAAUGUAAUAAAAUCAUUAGGACUAUUUCAACGAAGGGCUCCAGAUCGCUACGAAUAUUUGGAAUGUGAAGUUUUUCGAGUUGAAGGAGUUAAGGCUAAUCUAAGCUACAUGAAGAGGAUAAUGAACGUCACACAGCACAGAAAUAGACUUCUAGAAGAACUCAGAGCCUACAAACUUUAUGCAGAUUGGGUUUCAAAAGUUCAUAUUCUCUUGCUGGGUCCAGUUGGGUCUGGAAAGUCCAGUUUUUUCAAUUCAGUCAAGUCUGUUUUUCAUGGCCGUGUGACUCGCCAAGCAAUAGUGGGAUCUGAUAUCACCAGCAUUACUGAACAGUAUAGGACAUAUUCUGUUAAAGAUGGAAUUAGUGGAAAGUCUCUGCCAUUUAUGUUGUGUGACUCCAUGGGGCUAGAUGAGACAGAGGGAGAAGGACUGUGUGUGGAUGACAUCCCCCCCAUCUUAAAAGGUUCUAUACCAGACAGAUAUCAGUUUAAUCCCCAUAAACCAAUUACACCUCAGCAUUCUGACUUCAUUGCCUUUCCAUCACUCAAGGACGGAAUUCACUGUGUGGCUUAUGUCUUAGACAUCAACUCGAUUAACAAUCUCUCCUCUAAAAUGGUGGCAAAGUUCAAACAAAUUCACAAAGAAGUAUUAAACUGUGGUAUGGCACAUGUAGUCUUGCUUACUAAAGUGAAAAAUUACAAUGAAGUUCUUCAAGAUAACUUUCUAAACAUGAAGCAAUCUAUGACUUCUCAAAGCCAGGUAAGGAAUGUCAACAACAUGCUAGGCAUUCCUAUUCAUAAUAUCUUGAUGGUUGAAAAUUAUGCAUCAGAGUUUGAGCUGGACCCUGUAAAGGACAUUCUGAUUCUCUCUGCACUGAAGCAGAUGCUGCGGGCAGCAGAUGACUUCUUAGAGGAUGUGCCUCUUGAGGAAACUGGUAACCUGGUCCCUUUCUGCCCCUCAUAAAGCAUUGGUGCCUUUUGAAAAACCCAAGGAUACACCUCAGUUAGAUGGCUAGGGCACAUCUGCCUACCCUGGUCCUGAUAGCCACAUUAGGAUAGGUGUUCCAUUUCCAUUCUUGUUUGUUUUGUUUUCAGGUAAAUUAUGCAAAUAGCCUGUGACAUCAGUUAUCUUGAUUCUGACACUUGACUUGAUCCUGUGUUGGAGUGCACCAACUACAGUGCAUCCCUGUUGACAGCCUCCUUCAGACUCUGCUUUUGUUCAUGUUUUGUCUUCUGUCCUUGGAUCAGUCAUACCUCAAGUCCAAAAAUGCCAAGCCUGAGAAGUAGUGUGCUAAAAUAGGCCCUACCACAAACCACCCUGCAUACAUAUUUCUGGAGAAAUUCUGUACAAUUUCUAGAUGUUACCAUUUCUAAUUUAAUUUCUGUGACACCUUUCUAAACCUCUCCAGGCAAAAUUAGCUAUUCCCUUACUUAUUCCUGUAUGCCACUUUAUAUAAAACUUUGUGAGUACUAAUUAUAUUGCAUGAUGAUUAUAAAAUGAUUAUAUAGAAAUAUGUUUUCCUAAAUAGACUGUGAGUUCUUUGAGAAACAAGGUUUGGAUUUUACUUGUCUUUGUUUUCACAGAACUUAGCAUAGUGCUUGGUAAUGAGCAAGCACACCUGCAUUUACUCUUCCCUCCCUCGCUCCCCAGAGUGACAAUGUUUACUUUAACAUUUUCUCCAGUAGAGAAGGGAAUAUUGAGAGAGAAUGAAAUGCUGGAGAGAGAAAACAGAAAUGAAGAAGAUGAAAUGCUUUGCUUAUCUCUGAAUAAAAAUAUGAAUACUCUUAAUAAUUGAUUUAAAUUAAUUAAAAUGAACCAAUAUUUUUAACAACUUACAUUUUAUUUCUGUGG